AUGCCUCCAGUCCCGACUUCCAUUCUCCGUGCCCUCUCCAUCUCCGACCCCUCCAAAGCCUCCCUCUCCACAGCAGGCCUAGGCUCCGGGUUCACAAGCACAGGCGCAAUAAAAGCCACAGUCCCAGGCGCAGAUGGACAAGGUGAAGAACGCAAAUACUUCGUUAAAACCUCAGCGGACGGCAACGCCGCAAAGGAGAUGUUCGAAGGCGAAUACGAGUCCCUGAACGCCAUCGCGGACGCAGUGCCUGGCUUCUGCCCACGCGCGAUAGCAUGGGGUCCGCUUGAGGAGGGGAAGGGGAAGAGCUACUUCCUAGCGACGGAGUUUUUGGAUCUAAGGGCAAGUGGACGGGGUGGUGAGUCGCUUGCGCAAAGGCUGGGGAAGUUGCACUCUACACCUGCGCCGGUGAAUCCGGAGACGGGUAAGAGAAUGUUUGGGUUCCCUGUACCGACUUUUUGUGGGGAUACAAAGCAGCCUAAUAUUCCGCGUGAGAGCUGGGCUGAUUUUUAUGCGAAUGACCGGCUGUUGACGAUACUGGCGACGUCGGAGAAGCGGAAUGGGAAGGAUGCUGGGUUGAGGAGUUUGGUUGAAAGGACGGCGGAUACGGUUGUUCCUGCGCUACUUGGAGAUGGACACCUUGGGUAUGAUAAGUCUGGGAAAGGGGAGGACAUUGUCCCUGUUGUUGUUCAUGGGGAUCUCUGGAGUGGAAAUGCGGACCGCGGUCGGAUUGUGGGGAGUGGGAGGAAGGGGGAUGAGGAAGUUGGCGAUGUCGUUUAUGAUCCUUCGGCUUCUUAUGCUCAUAGCGAGUUCGAUAUUGGGAUUAUGAAGAUGUUUGGAGGGUUUGGAUCCGCGUUCUUCAAUGAGUAUCAUCGAAUAGUGCCCAAGACAGAGCCGGUUGAAGAGUAUGAGGACCGGGUCCGGCUUUAUGAACUGUAUCAUCAUCUGAACCAUCAUGCUAUCUUUGGAGGCGGAUACCGAUCUGGUGCUGUGUCUAUAAUGGAGAAGCUUCUGAAGAAGUAUAGCUGA